AUGGCCAGCUGUUGUCCGACGAAUUUGGGCGCCCAACCCCCAAACGAAGACCAUGUGCCUCAGGGCAAGAUUGUACCUGACAUUGGUGGGUUGACGACGUACGUAUCAGGACCAGCGACGGGGAAACGCGUCGUUUUGAUGUUUGAAGACAUUUUCGGAUUGUCGUCUCAGUUGAAGGAGGGAGCCGAUUUGCUGGGAAGCCACGGAUUCACUGCGUAUGCUCCUGACUUUCUGCGUGGACAUGCACUGCCUCUGGACAGCUAUCCUCCAGUGACGCCCGAGCACAAGAAACUCGUUGACGAGUUCAUGACGAAAAGAAUUUCUCCCAGUUUGUAUUGGGUGCUAGUGGAACAGUUCCUUGGGACAAUUCGCUCUAUUCACGGAGACGAUGUGAAGAUUGGCAUCGUUGGGUAUUGCUGGGGAGCCAAAGUGCUCACAACGCAUCCGUUCAAGGGAGUUUCGGGCGUGGCAAUGGCACAUCCUUCGUUCCUUGACCCGCUGGAUGCGAGAAACGUGCUUGCUCCCGUGUACAUGAUUGCAACAAGCGACGAGGACAAGAAUGCUGUUGAGGGAUUUAAGCGCGAAUUCGCUUCUUCGCCUUUCCACUCACAAUCCCACUUCGAGGUGUUUGAUGACAUGCAUCAUGGAUUUAUGGCCGCUCGUGCUGAUCUGACGAAUCCCGCCAACCGUUCUCGUUUUGACGAAGGAUACAGAAAGUUUAUAGGCUUUUUUGAGACCGUGCUUGCUUGA